AUGUCUGAGUCUAGCAUGAAUAAAGAACGAGUUCUUCAAUUGAUAUGGUAUGGCUUGAUCGGUGACUACAUUGAUAUCAUGACCAUGAGCAUCUUUGUGUAUGAUUCCAUCAUUUCCUUCAAUAUGGAAUGGCGAGCUGUCUGGGCUCGCAGAAUCACGGGUGCAGCUGCUAUAUAUGUUGCUCUCCGCUACGUGACCUUGGCAAGUGUCAUUGCGAGUGUCAUUAUAGACGACAUGCAAGCAUGUGAAGUGACAUUUGCCUCGAUCCGAGUCUUUGCUAUUGAUGGCCGGCAGUGGAGAAAUGCCUCCGUCGUGAUGAUAUUGGGGCUUGUACCCGUUGCCCUCAAUAUUUAUGGCUGCUCUCAAGAAUAUGUGUACUGUACUGCAGAGAUUUUGGCCAUCGAACGCUCAUUCUCUGCCUCCAAGAGCAACAAAGAAUCCCUCGCAUCUAUGUUAUUGCGUGACGGCACCGUCCAUUUUGUGCUAGUACUCUGCCUCAAUGUUGCCAACAUUGCAAGCGCAUUAUCGACAGAGAGCUUAUUCGACUUUUCCAUAUCUGUGGAAUUGAUCAGUACCGUGAUUCUAUGCCGCUUCUUCCUCAACCUCCGUCAUUUCUCAAGCAGCUCCGAUGUCAAUGAAAGUACUGUACCCUCCCUCGGAAGCACAUUCGCAAGGUUCGCGACGAGGGUCAUUGGCAACAUGGGCGAGACGCUCGAGGAUGACCCUCAGGCCUUUGACGAUGACUUGGAUUGUGAGCUCGAAAGGCACCCUGGCGCGGAAGAACUGGGCUCUGCGAACGAUUUUCAGGACGGUGCAAAUACUCCCUCAGGCACCCGAGCGGUCACUCUGUCAGUUCGCAAGCGGGAAGCUCAUGAGGCGACCGCCGACGAUUGGGAGGCACCUGAAGCCGCAGAUGAGGGUUUUGAUCGGCACGCAAUAGACAUUGUCUAG